AAAAUAAAUCUUACGUUAGUGCAUGAAAGAAGUGCAUCAGUUUAUGUUAUAAGAACUAAAUAUUUUACAGCGUAGAAACGUAAAAAAUACAUAUACUAUACAGAAAUCAUGACACGCGGCGUUGAAACUAUUAAAGCAAUUUUGAAUACCAUUGGUAAGAAACCCAAUUUUGGACAGUGCUUAAAAAAUCUUCAAGUAAUUUCAGCAGGAGAUGGAAAUUGCAAGGCACGACUCAUUGUUUCCGAGGAUCAUUUGAAUCUAGGUGGUACAAUGCAUGGUGGUUUUACGAGUACUCUCAUCGAUUGUGUUUCUACGUAUGCUUUGAUGACCCAUAAGAACGGUGUGCCGGGAGUUUCAGUGGACUUAAACGUUUCGUUUAUGAAACCUGCUCUUCCCGGCGAAUUGAUAACAAUUGAUGCUAGAACUGUACGUGCUGGGAAAACCUUAGCUUUCCUUGCAGUGGAUAUCACAAAAAACGAUGGGAAAGAUCUUAUCGCUCAUGGAAGACACACAAAAUUUGUUGCAAAGUGA